UCACAUUUGCCAGUACGAGAGCUCUCCGACUGGCAACCAACUAAAGCAUUGUGUCUUUUUGGCGAGGAGAGUUAGAGAAGGAAAAGACAGACAGGAAAGUGAAAGAGAGAGUUAGAGCGAGGUGAGAAUGACAUAUGGACUGGGAGGGGGGGGGUGGCGGCAGAGACCUACGUUCAUCUCCGUGCGCAUGAGUGUGUCUUCGUUGAAAUGGGCAACUCCACAACAAAAUAACAUGUGCGUUUGUCUUUCAGUCUCGCUCUGACUUCAUGUCUUUGUGAAUUUUUGGGACUUUCACCUUUCUUUUUAAUUUGCUAGUUUUUAUUGUGAUUUUUUUAAAAAGGAAUUGAUAUAAGUAUCUGAAUCGUUCAUGCGGCGUUCAGACAGUUUGGCUCCUGACCUCAGAGAUUGACAGACAGGUGGUGACAGACUGCGGUGAAGAGUGAGCGACCUGAAGAGGAGGAGGAGGAGGAGAAGGAGGAAGGAGGACAUUAAACACUGAGGACAUACAAUAUGUGCGUUCACAGAUCACUUAAACUCUGAUGGAUUUCGAAUGACAGAGCGUCAAACCACACUGGGCGCCAUGAUGUAUCUACUCUUUGAUAUCAAUCCAAUCUUUGCUGGUUUGGGAAAAUCUGAAUUGUUGUGAGGAUUUUGAGUCACAUCCUUAAAAAACACAGAAACGGACAGACAGACUCAUUAAGAGCAGUCACUAGAGAUUAAUUCACAGCCUACAAUGUGCUGUUCAGGAUGUAUAUAAGAAAAAUACAGACAGACACUUCAAAUCACACCACUCUAAGUCCACUUUGCACCAAGAAGCAUAGAAAUAGCCUUCUGUCUAAGGCUGCAGGGAGCGCAGAACACAUAAAUGAACACAUUUGUUCCAUUGGCGGCUUCUGAAAGGUUCUGGUAAUGAAUGCAGACUGACAUAGACUCACACUCCACAUACAGUUACAACCAAAGAGCACCCAGCUGAGGUGAAGAUGACGGGUAAUAAAGCUGGGUCAGAAGGCAGCUGCAGCUCUACCCACAGCACAAAUAAUCUGGACUGAUGGAUAAAAGACCCAAACUGUGGCUACUGAGAACAGAUUGAUCAGAGGAAAACCUGUGCACAGUUGUUAGUGGAGUAGAUCAAUAACAUAUUGGACCACGUACAAGAAGGAAAAGACAAAGGAAUCAGGCAGCUUUAAGAAAUUGACAUAUACGCUUGGAUAGAGGUGCAGGACAAGUUGCAGAUUUUAUGUAUGAAAAUGUGAACAACCCUCAUUCACAUCUAAAGACUCCACAGAGACCAGACACACUGACGCUGACACACACUCACUAGGCUGCUGUGAGGUUUUCCCCUGAGACUUCACCACCAUGAUGGAGAAGCUGAACCCCACCAGCCUGCCUGCCUCUCCCCCCGACCUGCCUCGCCCCUCCUCCUCCUCAUCCUGCGCGUCCUGUGCCUCCAUGGAGCAGUCCAGCCCCCUCCAGAACCAGACUUCAGCACUGUCAGACACCAUCGACAAGACGGGGCACAAAGGGCGCCUGGAUGUCCCCACUGCUGGCUCCAUCCAGACCCCCACUGCAACCACAAUAGUGUUAACCAGUCACCACACAGACACGGCUGCUGCACCUGAGUCCGGCAUCACGGAGACGGAGGAGGAGGAGGAGAAGCGACGAAGACCAGCAGCCGCUAAAGUUUCUACAAAUGCUUUUGCAAAUGGGACACCGACGCUUUCCUCACCACCUCCACUCCUCCCAGCACCAACUAAGACCUCCCCGUGCCCCCUGCUGCCUCCUGCCUCCACAGCGUCUUUCCCUUCAUCCUCAUCAUCCUCACCCCUUCCUCCUCACAUCCCUGUCAUCAGUCUUGGGCACAGCAAGCCCCCUCUUCCACUCCCCAGUACCCCUCUAACAACUCUCCAUCCAAUUCCCAACCUCCUACAUGGGCCACAUGGAGACCUUCGCCGUGGCCAGGUGGCCAGUCCUGGAGGCCCUGGGGGAUCUGGAGGCCCCUCUGCUCCCUCACCAGGGCCCCUGUUACCUCAGCAGUACCUGCCUGCACACCCUUUCUUCACCAGUUCUUACUUGGGCCCUCCAGGUGGAAGCUACGGCGUCAUCACCAGCAAUCGAAUCAAGAGAAGGCCGUCGUCACACUAUGAGAUGGAAAUUAAUGACUGUCCUCCUCAGAAACUUGCCCGCCGCGUCUUCACCAACAGCCGUGAACGCUGGCGACAGCAGAACGUGAACGGGGCUUUUUCAGAGCUGAGAAAGCUCAUUCCCACACAUCCUCCUGACAAGAAACUCAGCAAGAAUGAAAUCCUCCGUCUGGCAGUGAAGUACAUCAACUUUCUGGUCACUCUGCUCAAUGACCAGGCUCAGGACAAGAGCAGGGACUCAGUGGAGGAUGAGACAGAGGAGGACAGCACUACAGCUGGACUGGACAGUGACAAAACAAACCCACGUUUUCAGUGUGACUCUCCUCCUCCAUCUUCAGUCCAUCCUGCCUCGGCGAUGGCCCACAGAAACAGAGACUCGACUGAUUCAGUCAUUGCUUUGGUCAAUUCUCCAGCAACAUCUAGUUGCUAUGGUGACACUGACAGUGAGGAAAGCUUUGGGGCCAAGACCUCUUUAGUGACCCGUGGCAUUCUGGGAAAGGUCAAGGGUCAGAUUAGGAUGGUGGAAGCCACAAAUGACGAGCGAUGACACCAAAGGACGACAAGCAAAGACGCGUGGACACACUGGGAGUUUAAAUGCCACAGUAACCGAUGGGACAGGGUCCACAAUCAGUCCAGUGUGCAGUCCGGUCUUCAGGAGCGCAGUGCCCGAUAAUAAACUCCCAAGCAGUGUCGCUAAAUAGAAGGAUCUUUGAUGGUGUGAUAGAUUUUAGCUGAACUGUUUCUAUCUUUGUGCAAAAACACUGAUGAAAUGAUUUAACAGAGCUUCAAGCAGGUUGACAGACAUGAAGUCCCAUGAAACAUUCAGACUUUUUUGUGCUUUAUAUCCAAAAAUGUCACAAUGUUCCAUUAUUUGACAUUACACUUCUAUGUCCAACAGUGUAAAAUGUGGAUGAAUUAUGCAAAACAGGUUAAAGGGCAUUUCAGACUGACUUAAUCAGAUUCAGAUUUAUUGUCAUUGCACAUAUCACAAGUACAAAGCAAUGAAAGGUAGAACAUGCUGAUCCUGAAGCUACAGCGUGUUGUUGGUUUGCAAAUUCACUGACUUCAAUUCUCUCCUUUUUAGUUCAAUGAAAAUAAUAAACCCCACUGUUGCUCCAGAGUAGAGUAUGUCAUACUCUAGUUUGCCUGCAAUGCAAUGCAUGACAUGCAUUUAUUAAAUCAAGUUUUUAACAUUUCCUGACAGUUUUCACUGUUAGACAAAUAAUCCCAGCGGUCCCACCCUGACGUUGUGACACACUUGUACCAGACAGAAAUAAAGUGUGUUUGAGUUUGCUGUUCCUUA